AUGAAGAUUGCUGUUCCCGAUCAGUAUCAAAAUUUGGCGCUGGAGCCUUCACUCCCGCAAUUCAGCACACUGCGCUACCCGAGAACCUCCUCUUCGAUGAGAAUGUGGAUCGCUGAGUCCGCCCGCAAGAAAACAUUCAAGGGACGCAGGGGCUAUCGAUGCUGCGUGGCGUGCCACGCGUGGAAGGAGGGCCAUGGGUUCGUGCGCAGCCUCGCCAAACGAGGCUCCCUUCGAUUCAGCCUCCGCAUGUUCCGAACCUGCAACCGCUGCUCACGAAUUCGGAAGCAUUUGGAGGAGCAGGAGCAUAUUGACCAUUUCGAGAUCGAAGCAAAAAGCCUAGGGCAUCAUAAUACCCUUCUCGCCGUAUUCGAAAACGUUGAGGGACUCAGAUGCAAUACUAUCACGAGCGGAAACAAGACUCUCAAUAACUCCCUCCCUAAGCUCUGGGGAGCAAGAGAGAAGCAGCGUCAAGUGGAGAAGCAACUGCUGCUCCUCCUCGCCCGGCACGUCCUAUCGCCGGACAAGAUCGUGGUGAGGCGCGCUCCAACCAAGUCCCACCGAGCCCAGAGGGCGCUGGCCUUGAUGGCGGCCCUUGACGUCGCUCAGGGCGUCACCUCGGCCAUUGCGCCAGAGGCUGGAUUCCCUGCUGGAUGA